UGUCACUCUUUCUUCAAUCAGCCAGCGUUUGGUCAUGUCUUCUGUCACUCAGGUCUUGGGUCUUAAACCUUAUCCAGUGAGCGACGCUGCCCUGAGAACCGUCCAAUCAGGCACGCAGCUGGAGCGAAAAGGGCGGCUUCUGGGAUGUGGCGGCGGCUUUGUGUCUUGCUGCAGCCGGAGUUUCCGGUCUUGUCUUCGCUGCCACUAUAGGCCCAACCUCCGAGGACUUGUGACCUGCUGGUACUGGAGAUCCACAGCUAAGAUGCCAGGACCCCCUGGAAGCCUAGAAAUGGGAGUGUUGACAUUUAUGGAUGUGGCCAUAGAAUUCUCUCUGGAGGAGUGGCAAUGCCUGAACACUGCACAGCAGAAUUUAUAUAGGAAUGUGAUGUUAGAGAACUACAGAAACCUGGUCUUCCUGGGUAUUGCUGCCUCUAAGCCAGACCUGAUCACCUGUUUGGAGCAAGGAAAAGAACCUUGGAAUGUGACGAGACAUGAGAUGGUAGCUGAACCUCCAGGUAGGUGAGAAUGAAAGUGAGUACAACA